AUGAGUAAUAAACUUAAAAAUCCUAACGUAAAUGACUAUUACCAUGAUCGAUUGGAUUAAUCUUUUAAUAAUGUGAAUAUCACUUUCAUGACUACACUUCGAGCACCAAUUUAAAUUAAUGAUCUAAAUAAAACAGUUCAUGAUAUACCAAGUUGUUUUGGUAGACAAACCUUCUCCACAGAGAAAUAUUAGAAUACUAAAAAUAUAGAAAAAUUUGGAAAUAUAUCAAUAGUAUCAUCUUGAUCUAAAUAGAGUAUGAACAUUUGAUAAGAAAUAGAAUAGGAAUUAAACCACUUCUUGGUUCUGUUCUUUUUGAAACCAAUCUUAGAAAUAAUAAGAAACGUUCAACCUCAUAAAAUUAAGAACCCAAACCAUUGAAACAAAUUAACAAAGAAAAAACUAUAUUACCAAAAGUACUCAAAGAUCCUUUUAUUGAGAUUAAAGAAAAAAACAUUAAUUCAUUUAUCCAUUGUCUUAAAGAAGAAGGCUAAGGUACAAUUAAACCAGGAUAAGUUUAAUGGGUUACUUCAUUAAAAUCUGACAGAAAUAAAAAAAAGAAAAAAUGA